AUGUCUAACGCCGUCUUAUCCGUCCGUCAUCAGAGAGACACAGUCGGCACCGUGGACCCCAUGACAGCCCUCGAUGAAGCCUACGUGGACACCAAAGCACAAGGCUCUUCCACGGCGUGUAUCUUGACGUUAGUUGACGACUGCGUGAUCGGCGACAGCGGCUUCGCAGUCCUACGCGGCGGGAAAAUCGUCUACACCUCCCCGCCUCAGCAGUCGCGGUUCAACUGUCCGGUUCAGCUGGGGAAAUCGUGCGCCGCGGCCGAGAAAUUCGAGGUGAAGGUGAAACCGGGAGACAUCAUCGUAAUGGCGAUGGAUGGAUUGUUCGACAACGUUCAUGAAUCCGAACUAGAAGAUUUGGUUAACAGAUCGGGCUCCGACGAGAAGCCGAUGAAGUUGGCGAGGAAGAUUGCUCGGUACGCGCUUAAGAAUUCCCUGAACAGAAACAUCGAUACUCCAUUCUCGGCGGCGACCAAGAUCGCCGGAAUCGACGAGCAUGCAAUCGGCGGCAAGUACGAUGAUAUAACAGUGGUGGUUGCUUAUAUUCAAUAA